UUAUGGGGUUGAUAAUCUGGUUUUUCAAGCAGUGUUUGGCAUUUCCAGUUUGUAUCAGUCUCUACUCGACAUCGCCUGUAAAACUGAUCUGUCAAAGUCCACCCACAGUGCUGCAGAUUUGGUGGUGUGAACAACUACUGUACCUUUUUAACAUCAAGAGCCUAUCUUCAAAAGUAAAGUACAACACAAUGUUCAAGCAGCAUGUUAAAGAGGUACUCCGUGAAGCAGACCCAAACAAAUCUCUCAUCUACCAUGGAGGUCCUGAAAAAGUGGAUCUACUGGCAUUAGUCAAAAAGAAGAAGAAUCUUCUAUUUUCAGCUAAGUAUGACGUCCAGAGUACCACAUUUGUUCACUUGAUUCCAGGACUCUCUGUUGACGUCACAGAGGAAGAUUUUAUUAAGGAUUACCAGUCCAGUGGACAGAUCUCAGUGAGUGGCAGCAUACAAGGAGGCCUAGACAAGGUUUCUGCUGAUGUCAAAGCAGGAGGAUCCAGUCAACAGGGAUCAUCAACUGUCACUAUUAAGAUGAAGGCAGUCGAUCGUCCCUCGCUGAAGAAAGGAUACCGUGGCCAGAAGAUCGAUACAUUUUGGAUGCCUGAAUUGGAGAAAGGAGAAGUGCUGGGGUUCGUUGACAGGAUCAUCUACAACGCUGAUGAAGUUGAACUUCAUGGACAGACCGAAGUGGAUGGGGAAUCUAAAGCAUCCUGGAGUGUAUUCUUUGGUUUCUCUGCAAAGGGCAAGAUGGAAAAGGAAAAGUCCUACAAAGUGCCAGCAGGACGGGUUUAUGCCUAUGGCUUCAAUGAGAUCAAAUUUCAAGACGAUGAAAUUAAGAGCGUCAGAGUGGAAAUGUGCUCGUUGGGUGUGAAAUCAUGUGGCAUCGAGAAGGUCCAAUCAUAUUCAGAUAAAAUUCUGGCACCAGAAACCUUUGAAGCUGACAACGUUACUGAGAACACCUAUGAGAACCUGCAACAAAUACAGGAGGAGCUACAGAAGAUAGAAGGUGUGUUUCAGCCACUGAGUCAUCUUCCACGCGCGACCCGUUCUACUCUAUUCCAGAGGCUCUGCUGGGUUUCUGAAGAAAAGGAUGCUGUGACUGCUCUUGAGCAAGCGCUCAGUCUGUGGUGUGAGCAGCAGCGUUUUCACCUGCCUCAGUCACUGUCAGCCUGUUCAGUGUUGGAUCUGCUCAGACUUGCUCCUCUGACCAGAUGGACUUAUAGGUCUUGUUUCCUCAGAGCUGUUCACAUGUUGGUCAGCGCCGUGGACAUACUGCCAGACCAUAUGCCAGCCAUGAUUACCAAGUGCAGCCCUGACACACUGACAGUCCUCAAUCAUCUUGUGAGCAGCAUUAGGGACAGUGGUAAGGCUCAGGUCGCCCAGCCGCUGCCUGGUCCUCUGCAGGAGGGAGGGGAGCUCCACUGGCUGACGGAGUUCCUCUGCUCCACCGACGAGACGCUCCAAGAUCUAGAUGAGCUGGCGAUGGUGGCAGGAGAAACACCGGGAGCGCUGCUUCUGGCUUUGUGCAUCACUGUGCAAGGACUCCACAUGAUGCAGGGAGAACAGAAUGAGUCUUAAUCCAAAAGAGGCUGAGAUAAGAGCAUCGUUCUUUGAUCAGGUUCAUGAAUGUUCUAUUUUCAUAGGAGUCAAGCACAUAAAACCUUCUCACUGCACUGCUUCCAUGCUGGUCAAUUACCUGUUUAAAACAUCUCUGUCUUUUUAAUUAAACCCUCAGCUGCACGCCACUGGAAGCACCUACUGAUGUUAAAUGUUUAAUAUGUUUUCAUCCGCGAAUUCUACCAAUGCUUUUAAACAGUUUGGGUAAAAUGCAGUUUUUCAGCUUUUCACUGGAAUCAGAUACAAUGGUUUUGGAUAUUCAGAGGUUCCACAAUGAACAUGGAAACACUUUCAUUUUCUACAACAUUUUUUCACCAAUAAAACCCAUGGAGUUUAACAAAUUGUUUGUGGACACUUGUUUUUCCCUCCAGUUAAUAAAACUUAGAGGUUUACUUGCUUUAUUAUCAUCAUAAAGAAAUGUGGUUUAAUUUUUAUUUGCAUUUUACUCAUCCA